AUGUCGACAAAAGUACAACAACAUGGUGAGAACCAUGACAUCCCCGAGGAACACCAGAUCUCAAGACCUGGAGCUUGGCUGCCCAUGGAUCACCGUACACACACCGAAUGGCUCGGCGAGCAGGUCAAGAACGCCCACAACAACAAGAAGCCAUUGAUCCCUGUCCUUCAAGAAUUCAAGGAAUUCAUUGAGGGCAACUCAAGAAUUUACAUGUACUUCACUGCCAUGUUCCAAGAAGUCCCCUACAAGCACGUCUACCGCAGAGAUCCCACCGGCCGUAAGCAGAUUCGUGAUUACGAGCACAUGCUUGAAGUCCUCAACCACGUCUUCGGUUCUGCCCCUGUCUGGACCGACUCUGCCCAAGCUGUUGGUAUGGUUGGUGUACCCAUGUGCGCUAUUCUCGACUACCCCAUGUCUACUCCUUCUGGUCACGCCGCAUUCCUUGACCCUGACGUCAACAAGAUGCUGAAGAAGGUGCUCAACGAGUGGGGCAAGUUCCUCAUGACUCCUGAGUCCGCCGGUGUCCUCCACGAGGGCAAGACUGGCUGGUUCGGCGAGACUGGUGCAUCAGACAUGAUGGCCGUCGCCAACGCCCCCUACAAGACCAAUCACAAGUUCGAGGACUUCUUCGUCUGCGACACCAGCAAGAAGCACUACGGUUACACUUCAUGGGACAACUUCUUCACCAGACACUUCAAGGAUGAGGUUCGCCCCAUUGACAGCCCCGACGAUGACAGCGUCAUCAACAACGCCUGUGAGAGCAAGGUCUUCCAGGUUCAGGAGAAUGCAAAGCUCAGAGACAAGUUCUGGAUCAAGGGUCAGCCUUACAGUGUCACAGACAUGCUCGCCAACGACAGCCUGGCAGAGCAGUUCGCGGGCUGCACCGUUUACCAAGCCUUCCUCUCCGCUCUCUCCUACCACCGCUGGCACGCUCCCGUUAGCGGUACAAUCAAGAAGGCCUUCGUACAGGACGGUACCUACUUCAGCGAGCCUCUCUUCGAGGGUCUCGGUGACCCCAACACAAAGGAGAUCGACGCUCAUGGUAUUUCGACCGGUCAAGGUUACCUGAGUGCCCUUGCCACAAGAGCUAUCAUCUUCAUCGAAGCUGACAACCCCGCCAUUGGUCUCAUGGCCUUCAUCGGUAUUGGUAUGGAUGAAGUCUCUACCUGCGAGAUCACCGUCAAGGAAGGUCAACACGUCAAGAAGGGCGAGCAGACUGGUAUGUUCCAUUUCGGCGGAUCGUCUCACUGCUUGCUCUUCCGCAACGGCGUCAAAGUCUCUGGCUUCCCCCAGCCUGGUAGAUCAGAGAACGUUCCCGUUCGCAGCAAGCUUGCCACCGUCCAGUCUUAG